AAGCUGAUAAAAUCUCUCACUGACUCUCGUUGCUCUGACGCAGACCAGUUUGGAGAAAGAGUGGUAGCAAAGUAAACAGAACAGAGCGAAGAAGAAGAAGAAGAAGAAACAACCAUGAAUGCACCUGAUCGUUACGAGCGUUUCGUUGUCCCUGAAGGCACUAAAAAGGUUUCUUACGAGAGAGACACGAAGAUUAUCAAUGCUGCAUCUUUCACCAUUGAAAGAGAAGAUCACACUAUUGGCAACAUCCUUCGCAUGCAGCUUCACAAAGACCCCAAUGUGUUAUUUGCUGGAUACAAGCUUCCCCAUCCUCUUCAGUACAAAAUUAUUAUUAGGAUACACACUACCAGCCAGUCUUCACCAAUGCAGGCAUAUAAUCAGUCUAUCAAUGAUCUGGACAAGGAACUUGAUACCUUGAAGAGUGGUUUUGAGGCGGAGUUGCUGAAGUUUUCAAAGGACUAUUGAUUGACAACAGUCAAGAUGGAAACUGUGUUACAAACCUUUGCAGAUACUGUAAUAGCAGAUCACUCUGGUUAUAUGGAAUUUAAAUAGGAUAUUUUGUAUGGAAUUCAGUGUUAUAUUAACAAAAAUGCUUUAGAAGGAGGAUUUCUACUGUAUUGAAACUACCAACUACUAGUUUAUUCCUGUCACAUGGAUAUUGUGAAUCAUGGAUUUUGUGUUUAACUGUUUAUGUACCAUGUUAAGUUUACUCUGCUAGGAA